AAGUGUGAAGAGCAGAAAAAGGCAAUUAAUCGAACAGUACACAUUCGGGAUUGCUCUAUGAGUUUAUUCACUGUUCCCCUCCGCUUUCUCCACUAAAUGGACUCGCCGGGCUCAGCGCGCGGCGACGUCACUUCACGGCUGCCCGUCCAUCUACAACAGCCAUCAUCAUCGAGUUUCUCUGAUCCAGAAGUGUUCACGUCUACACAUAACAUCAGACCUGGACAAACGUUUGUUUCAGUGCAAACUCUCACAAAAGAAUCGUUUCAUGUGGCUAUUAGCUCCAAAACGAAAGUACACGAUGUUCUCUGGAAAUGCGGCGAACGUCUGUCACUGUCAGAUGACAAGCUAUUUGGCUUAGCAUUUCGACAACCAACCGAAGGAAUAGGAGGUGAUCAGCCUCGUCAUGAGUAUUACUUUUUGGAUCCAGCGGCCAAAAUUAUGAAGUAUGCUCAGAAACAACCGAGAUUCGCGAACUGGCAUUCAAAGUCGAGUGAAAAUCGACCAAUAUUGGUGCUUUAUUUUCGAGUGAGAGUAUACAUUGAUCAAGUUGGAUUACUAUCAUGUCCAAAAGCACGAGAACACUAUUACCUGCAAUUGAAAGACAACUUUCUCGAUCAUUGGGCAGGACGUAAUAGCGUGUCAGAAGAAAGAUGCUGGUACAUGGCUGCACUCGCCCUUAUAACUGACAAAGGGAAUGACUACCUCGGAUACUUCCGCGCCGAACAGUAUUUUCCGUUAUGGGUGAUAAACGAGCGUGGUCUGGAAUACAUUCGAAAUAAUCUACCCGCGGCAUGCGAGGACAUUAUCAAUGAAGGACGUUACAAAGCGAUGGAAAAGUUUAUGAUCGAGGCGGGAAGGUCACCGUUCGCACUGAACUGUCAUCUCUACGGUUUAAGAAGGCAUAAAAUGGAUAAUACGGAUAACGCGGUGCUCGGAAUCAAUGCCAAGGGCAUUGAGAUGUGCGACAUUGGGGAAGAUGGAGAUAGAAUUCCAUUACGAUCAUUAUCAUGGAGUCGAGUAGCAAAAUUGUCUUUCAACCGGAAGAAGAUGACUAUUAUCGGAUCAGAUGGAACAAAAAUGUCUUUGUAUGCACAAACAGAACACAAAGCAAAAUAUCUAUUAGAACUUUGUAAAGCUGUGCAUCAAACUUUAUUGGUAAUGUCACAUCUUCAUGCAACGAUGGCACCUCCACCAAAACCGUAUCUAGAAAUGUCAGUAGAUGGAAUUAGUACAUCAUCAACUAGUGGAAUUGGAAGUGGAGAUCAUGAUAAAGAUAGUGAUUCACUUAGCAGUGCGUGUGGAGAUCGGUGCCAUGGCUCAAUGUCUUCGAAGCUCCGUCUUAGAAUCAAAAUGGAUUCGAAUCUCGACGUGAAGAUCGAGAAGAUGGAAUUGGAUCAUAUCCGACAAGAGAGAGCUGCAUCUCAAUCGAGCAAAGCUAGUGAUGAAAGUGAACGGUCUCGACUCGAAGUUCGCCAUCAAACUUAUCAUCCUGCACACGAACUAUCUGGAGCUACAUCAUCAACGUACACAGUUACAACAGCACAAGAUACAGCAACAAGACCUUCUUCAAUGGAUAACGCCUCACAAACAAUAGAAUCGGGAAGCAGUAGAAGUAUAGUGGAUGUUAAUUUCAAUAAUAAAAAUAGAGAAAGGCACGAGUCAUCAACAUCGACCAGCGGUACACAUGUACUGUUUUCAUCGAAGGAUGCAACUCCACCAAUCGAAACAGCAGUAGUAAGCAGUACAAUGUCAAUGAGUGUACCAUUAGAUAGUGACACAAAUCAAUCAAUAAACGAUCGACUUCUCUCGAUGAGUGCAAGUGAUCUUCGAGCAAUGGCAGAACGAUCAUACUCUCCACCGGCUCAGUGGACAACAAAUGUUCCAUCGACUGGAAGUUCGUCUCCACCAGAAAUGAUGGCCCGAGACAAACUUACGAGAUCGGAGACUAGAAUUGACUCUCAGAAUGAAAUGUGGUUGAAUCAACCAGUUGAGUCAUUCAAUGGUGGUGGUACAGCAGGACGGUUUGUGAAGAAAAAUUCAUCAGGAAAUAGAAAUGCAAACGCCAUCAACAGAGUCCAUUCCAUGCCAAGCCACUAUCAUGUCAAUGGAUAUUAUAGGAACAGCAAUCAAAUAUUGACAUAUGAAGAUGCUCCAAUUCAUCAUGGACCAACAUUAUUGACCCAUGCACAAUCUCUCCAUGUUCCCGGAACUGUAGCUCGUCCACGAAAUCCACCACCCUACGAAUCAACAUUUCAACCAAUAUUUGCUGUUGGCCCAAAAACAUCCUCUUCGCCACCUCCACAAUCACAACCAUCACUAACUGCUUCAACUGGACCGCUUCCUGCAGAAAUAGCUGGAGACCGACAAGCAUCUUUCCCACCAGCAAGUGUCACUCCAACACAGUUCUUGGAAGAAGCUGGCGCCUUUUCCACUGAGAAAAUGGAAAAUUAUCCAUUGAUUUUACAACUUCUCAAAGAGCACAGACAGAGCCAAGGCCAAUUAAAUGCAAUUACAAUGACAAAUGGAAUUUAUAAUAGUUCACAAGCUGGAAUUCUAUCUCAUAAUCGGAGACCAUCUUCAUGCAAUGAUUUAAGUUCGUUAGAUGGCGGUGUUAUCAAUGGAGGAGCUUUCGUCCUCCCAACCCAUCGAGGUGAUUACUACUUUGAUUCUGCCACGCUUUCGCAGAAUCUACAUUUAUCGAGCUUUGUACCAAUGACAACUUCAACAACUACAACCUCUUCUGCCACUAUGACAUCAUCACUUAUCACAGCUUCAUCCCAUCAGCAACCACUUCAACCGAGUCAACAACAUCAUCAACAGUUGCAACAUCAGCAAAGUAUCAAGCCAACAAAUAACUUUGCUAGAAUCGAACAACAUAAUGGCGACUUAAUCCUACCACCACCUCCUCCAUAUCAACAACCACAACAGUUGGUCAACUAGAAAUAAUUAAAUAAUCAGCACAAAAGCUCACAGUUCAAGACAUCAUCAUCAUUUCCGACACGUGGUUCUGCAAUUCUCAGUGAUUCUUUUUUCAACAAUUUAUAUAUCUGUUGUUUUCCAGUUUUUCGUAGAAAUGUUCGUAUAGAAGACUUGCCCAGCCCUCCCAGCUCACCUAUAUUGCAUAUUAUUUGUACGGGUGUAGAAGUGAAAGUUCUGCUCUUUUUAUAAUCUUUUCAUUUUCAAUCAAGCGUACUUUCAUACUCUCCUGUUUGAAUAAUACGCUUCUUUUUGAAUUCCAAAAUGUCAAUGCUCAACAAAAAACCAUGCUCAAUAUCACCCUUGUUUUCUUUUUUGCCUAUUCUGUACAAUUUAUUGUUUUUUUUGCUCUCACUUAUUCCACCCUCCCACAAAAACCUUGCCAUAUUGGUGAUUUGCCUCUCUAUAUUUUUCAAACUUUCCGACAAUUUUUGUGUGCUUGUGUGCUGCUCAUUUUUCCUCCGCCGUUUCCCCAUAGACAUUUCUCAUGUGUUCCGAACUUCCAACAACGCCUCGUUUCUUCUUUUUUGUGUUUGCAAGUCAUAAUCAUCAACGAACCCUUAGCAUCAAACAAUAAACGGGAGAAUUUU